ACGGAGCAGAACCCUCGGACUUCUUUCUAGUCUGCAGUAGCCGCAGUCUAAUCCCCUCUUCUUCGUCUUCCUCCAGGAAGGCUUCGUGUUCACGCACAACAGCAAUGGCUCUGAAAGGCAUGACUUUCACGGCUGGUUAUUUGGUUCCUUAUUCGAAUUUAGUGUUAGAAUUACACCAUUUCUGCUGGAGAUUGCAGUGCAGCAACCCAUUACGGGAAACACAUAACUUGCACAAAGAAUUCAAUUUGCAGCAACAGGUAUUAGCUAUCAGCCGCGUAGAAGAAGUGAAAAUGAUGGAGAAACCCAGGUUCCGUUGGGUUGAAAUAGGUUCUGAUAUUACAAAGGAACAAAAACAAGCCAUUUCUCAGCUUCCAGUAAAGAUGACAAAAAGAUGUAAGGCCUUAAUGAAACAACUUAUUUGUUAUUCACCUGAAAAGGGUAGUGUAUCAGUGCUGUUGGGUGCCUGGGUAAGGAGUAUGAAGCCCAAGAGAGCUGAUUGGUUGGCAGUUCUUAAAGAAUUGGAUGUGCUGAAUAAUCCAUUGUAUUUUGAGGUGGCCCAGCUUGCCCUUGUAGAGGAAUCCUUUGAAGCCAAUGUUCGUGAUUAUACCAAAAUUAUUCAUGGCUAUGCAAAGCAAAAUAUGGUUCAAGAAGCUGAAAAUAUGGUUUUGACGAUGAAAAAUAGAGCUUUCAUAUGUGACCAGGCGCUGUUUACAGUUUUAAUUCACAUGUACAGCAAGGUUGGGAAUCUUAAGUUGGCAGAAGAUACAUUUGAAGAGUUGAUGCUGCUUGGAGGACCGUUGGACGGAAGAUCCUACGGGUCAAUGAUUAUGGCCUAUAUUAGAGCGGGAGAACUUAUUAAAGCUGAGGGCUUGCUUAGAGUAAUGGACGACCAAGAGAUUUAUGCUGGAAGAGAAGUUUAUAAAGCACUGCUGAGAGCGUACUCCAUGGUUGGCGACUAUAAAGGAGCUCAAAGGGUUUUCGAUGCACUCCAAUUAGCGGGCAUAAUCCCUGAUGCCAAGAUUUGUGGGCUAGUUGUAAAUGCUUAUCUCGUGGCAGGCCAACUCUCCGAUGCUUGUAUUGCUUUUGAAAAUAUGAGGACAGUUGGUAUUGAACCAAACGACAAAUGUGUGGCAUUGCUAUUAACUGCAUAUGAAAGAGAGAAUGACCUAAACAAGGCAUUAGACAUUUUAAUAGAUUUGGAGAAGGGAGGCAUUACGCUUGGGAAAGAAGCUUGUAACAUCCUAGCUCGUUGGUUCCGAAGGCUUGGGGUGAUUGAAGAAGUGGAGGUUGUAUUGAGAGAAUAUAAAUCAAGGGUAGCACAAAAAGAAGGUGAUGACGUUUUCUUUCAUUGUGCGACUUAAUUUCAAGUAGUUGUUGCUAUAGUUUGACAAAAGCGUUUUGCUCGAAUUUGUUUGUAUAGUUUUGUGUUUUUGGUAUGUUCCUCCUAUAAGAAAAGGGUGUUAUUGGGGAGUCCUUCAUGAUUCUCAUUUCUAUAUAAAUUUCAAAGCCCCGAAACUUGUUGUGAAGA